AUGGCGGAACUCUAUCAUGAAUUGUGGGGAGUGCAAGAAUCAAUUAUCCAUACAACCACAGUCACGGUACCACAACUCCUGUAUAGCCUGCGUCCUGGCUAUGGAGUCGGUCCCCUUCAAGCCACCGAUCACCAAUUGACUUCUCCGCCAUUUGGUACACCAGACGAAGAGUUAUUCCAGGAACUGAAAACCCGUGCAAAGCUUCCUUGUCGGAAAAACAGGCUCCUCGUGCGUCCCGAGUUCUAUAUCGUCAGGUAUCACCUGGAACACGCUGCAUCCCAAAAGUGGCGUACUACCGAUCCUGAAAUACAGGCACCUGCCUGGAAUGCAAUUCUUGAUUACAAGGUCUCUGGUCAGCCCGGCUCUGGUAUAUACUCUUCGCUUAUUAGUUUUCUAUGAAACCUGCUGACUUUUCUACAGGAAAAACCUUUUUUCUAUCCUACCUGCUAACCCAGAGGCUACAGCUACGUCAGCCUACAGUGUAUCGUUAUGCAGAUGACAACUGUCGCCUUUUCGAUCAAGACUCGGCCGGCCAGUUAAUUACCGCACAUGACCUAUUUCGUCUCCCCGCGGAAAAGAAGCGUCAUCUUUGGAUUCUUACAGAUGAGCCGCUUAUGAACCCCGCUUGGGAGGAUAAGAGCCAUAGUUGGUUUGUUGUGUUAGGAGCCUCGCCGGCCUUGGUGAAAAGUUCAAGACAAUGGGAGAAAGACCGCAAUGUGGGCGUUUAUUUUCUCAGCAGCUGGAGAUGGAGUGAAAUGGUAGCUGCAUUAAGGUACUUAUACUUCAGAUGUCUGUAAUACAGUAUUCUCUAACAAACUAUAUGGUAAUAGGUUAGGACUCGGAACACGUCCCACCCAAGAUCAACUCGAGAAACUGUACACAAGCUUCGUGUUUCUGGGUCCCGUAGCUCGUACCUGUUUGGAAACGAUUUCUCCCAUUAGUGAUGAGGCAUACACAUGUGGCCUUACAGCAUACCUAAGUGCUGUGAAUGCGCAAAUCUCAACCUUCGUUACCCAAAAGGGGUUUCUUAGUGUAGAGAAUCUUGUGACUCAGUUUUCAUCUCACAAGAUUGCUAUUAUGCACCCGACCGAUGGUGGCCUCUCAUAUAACUCGCUUAUCAUCACAAGAUGGAUUGGUCAUAAAAUCUUCGAGCGGGCACAUGAGCAAUCUGCACAAGCAUGUUUUAUGCUAUACAAGCAUCUCACACAACAAGCCCCGCUGCUCAGUGCUGCCAGCUGGUUCUUCGAGGGCUAUGUGCAUGAUUUACUGAAACGAGGCGGGCAGUUCAUAGCAGAUGAAAUCUCACUCCUACCUGGUAAGGCCCAAAGGCUAGAAUUUUGGAUCGAUGGCUUGAAAUCUACCCCACUCAACUACUUCACAACAGCAAGUAACUUGGCUCAACUGAUCCGAGUUGAGGGAGGCCAUGGAAUUCAAGAAGACAUAAUUGGCAAAUAUUAUGUCCCUUACAGCCGUACUAUCGAGUCCCUUGAUGGGUUAGUCUGCAGUGACUCAAAGACCCUGAUCCUGUUUAAAAUUCAGCUCGGCACAGACCAUCACAUUACCGCACAUUCGAUAAGUGUCCUCCUCGAUGCACUUCCAUUAACGCUUAAACAUGUCCAGAUUGUUGCAAUAGUCCCACAAUACGGCGUUGGACUGGGUACGGGUCCACAGUCAUACCCUCCCCCAUCUUCCCUGCGGCCUAGGGCUCCUAAGUUUGACAUGAAGCAAUUCUGUUUGGUUAUCCAAGAUGAGGGUACCGAACCCCUAGGUGUUGGUGAAGGUUCUCGGUUGUAUAGUGGGUAG